GGCGCUCGGGGCGGGCAGAGGCCGCCGCUCCCCCCGCGCCGCCGGUCGCGGCCCGUCCCGGCCCCGCCAUGGCCGCCCCCCCCCGCCUCGGCAUCCAGAUGCUGCUGGAGGCCGCCGAGUUCCUGGAGCGGCGGGAGCGAGAAGCCGAGCACGGUUACGCCUCGCUGUGGCCCGGCGGGAAGGACGGCGAGGCCCCGCGGCGCCGUGCCAAGGCCCGGAGAAGCGGCGGCGGCGGCAGGUCGACACACAAUGAGAUGGAAAAGAACAGGCGUGCCCAGCUCCGGCUGUGCCUGGAGAGGCUGAAGGGGCUGGUGCCCCUGGGGGCGGCGGCCGGGCGGCACACCACGCUCAGCCUCCUCACCAGGGCCCGGCUCCACAUCCAGAAGCUGGAGGACCAGGAGCGCCGUGCCCUGCACCAGAUCGAGCAGCUGCAGCGGGAGCAGCGGCACCUGCAGCGGCAGCUGGAGAAGCUGGGCAUGGAGCGGGUCAGGAUAGACAGCAUCGGCUCCAGCCUCUCCUCCGAGCGCUCCGACUCGGACCAAGAAGAGAUGGACGUGGAUGUGGAGAGCACGGACGACCUCCCGUGUGCCCUGUGCCAGCAGCUCAUUGACCUCCUCCGCCAAAUCUCCAACCAAUCGUCCGUGGAGGUGCCACAGGGGGAGCCCAAGAAGGUCUGUGCCAUGCUGCAGCUCUGUCCUGGGGAGCCCGGGGCUGUGCCCGUCCUUGAGGGGCUCGGUGCCCACCUGCAGGGCUCCGGGCUGUCCCCGCGGGCGCUGCCGCUGCCGCUGCCGCUGUGCUGGCUGUGCCGCUCGCUGGUGGCGCGGGCCGAGGCCGCUGUCCCCGUGGGCUCGGUGGCGGCGGCGGUGGCCGGGCUGUGCCGGGCGCUGCCGCUGCCGGUGGCCGGGGCCUGCCAGUGCCUGGCCGAGCGUUACGCGGCGCUGGCGCUCGAGGGGCUGCUGGGCCGGCUGGGGCCGCGCCUGCUCUGCCGCCUGCUGCUGGCCUGCCGCAGCGGGGACAGCGGGGACAGCGGGGACAGCCAGCACGUGGGGACGCUGCCACCGCCCCGGGUGCUGGAGGCCAUCGUGGUGCGGCUGGCCGAGUGUGUCAGGGAGGAGGACCCCAAAGGUGUCCCUGUCCCUGCGCUGUCCCUGUCCCUGGGCCCCUGUGCCCUGGGCCCCAUCUUCUGGUGCUCGGGGCUGGAGGCUGCACGGCGCUGCCAGGCCCUGCAGCACUGCCAGGAGCACGUCUGGCUCUAG